AUUGUACAGAGCGGUAGACAUCCUCAGUAUGUCGAGGAGAGGAUAGACGCAUUCAUGGAGUCGAUGUUGGAGCGAUUGGUCGAUAUGCCGGAUGAUGAAUUUAUCCGGCAUAAGACUUCACUUGCUGCUGAGAGGCUCGAGAAGCCCAAGACGAUGACCAGUUUGUUCGAGGUUUUCUGGAAUGAAAUCUCUACCCAGCAGUAUAAUUUUGAUCGCGUUACAAAUAAUGUCGCAUAUCUUAUGAAGAUUAAUAAGGAGCAGAUCAUUAAUUUCUUCAAGGGUAUUGUUUACAACAAAUCGCCAUCUAAGCGCAAAUUGUCAGUCCACGUGAUUUCAACGGCAGAAGGUGGUGCUGGGAAUGAAAAGAAUAUCAAGGAUAACGGAGAAAAGAAAAAGAAACCAGGUGCAACUACUGCUACUAAAAUAACGGACGUAAUUGCCUUCAAAGCCAGUCAGUCAUUGUAUCCAUUACUGAAACCUUACAACGAUAUCCCGAGGAAGGGACAGCGGUCUAAGCUGUAGCAAUCCCUGCAUUAUUUCCAUUAUUAAAUCAAUUCGAAUCAUGUACAAUAAUGCAAGCAAUUAUGUAAUUAUUACAUAAAGCGUAUGAUUUCGCACGUUACACGAAUGGAUUUCGUAACAUUUUUGUUUUAAUAAAAAUAUUUGAAAUUUUA